AUGGCGUGGUUUAGUUCAAUUGUUAACGGCAUCGGCAGUGCAGCAAACUGGCUCCUAUCUAACUCCGGCCUCAUCAACAAUGUUCUCGGCACUGUGCAUGCAGUUUCAAACGGCCAGUUUUCCGGCUUAGGGACUCUGGAGGGCUAUGUUAUUGUGGAACCUGUAACUGCAGCAGAAGAAGACUGCAAAAAUGACUUGAUUAGGAAUUUUAGAAAGGCGAACAAGAAGCUUGAAGAGCACGCUGCAAAUUUGGAAGAGCCACCGAAGGUCCCUGACGGUGGCACACAGUCAAGUGCAACCCUCUCGGGUCUAUGGACGAAUCCAGGUCUCACUGAGGGCGGGUACGCGACUCCUGAAAUGUACAGGGACAUUGCAAAGUUCCUAACAGAAAGCGAUAUGCCCACAGAGCUAGGGGAGGGUGACGAGAAAAUCGAUGUGUCACGAAGUAUAUGUGAAAGCAUCUUCGCCAACGUUCCUGGAAUUCCAGAUCCCGAUGACGUCCAAGGCGUUGUUGUUCAAUGCCCACAAUUUCAGGUUGGAGAUAGCAGGUGUACUAUCUCCGGUCGCCAUGCCCAUUAUGCCAUACCACUGGGCAAACGCACAGGGGGAGAGUUAUGUGAUGAUCUGGCCUGGCAUGGAGCGGUCCAUUUUAUAAAAACAAGCGAUAGCACAUUCGAGAAGCUACAUAAUGAGGCGAAAAAACGUCUUCUAUUUGUGGCGCGGGACGAAGAUGCAGCAACGGACGGUCCUAGAUGGGUCGUCACUUGUCAGGUGGAUUGGAGAACAACCUCACUUGCCAACAGGGCUCCGGAGAAAGUCUCUAGGCUAUUUGAAGUCAAAAUGCCAGAGUACGAACUUCUAUACACUGGGGUUAAUGGUCAGAAUCAGAUCAUCAAAAUCCGCGCCCCGAGCGGGGUUACACCAGCCCAAGUCCGCUCCAAACUCAAUAAGGUUAUCAUUGAGAUUUCGAAGACCCUGAUGGAAAACAUGAACAGGAAAUUCCUGUGCAAUUUUGACGAAUUUGAAUCUCUCCCAGAUAACAUCCCUUCAUCCCAAGUUUGGUCAGCCUUAGGUCUUGUUAUUUCUGAAACACAGAGGAAACUAGCUGGACAAAUGCAUUCGAUGGUUGAUGAAAGCCAGAAUAUGGCCCUCCAGACACCAGAGGUUACGGUGACAAAUUCAACCCUAGUUGUCUAA